CAUUUCGCAUCUUUACAUCAAGAUGAAGAGUCUCCUCUGCCACGCGGCAUUGCUCCUUAUCUCGGCAGCCGGGGCCCGAGCAACGGCACCCAACUGCUACCCUAAUGGUGAUUGUAAAAAUACCUGCCCAUCAGACGAUGACGUGCUGACCACCAAAUCGUGUCCGGGAAGCAAAAAGUGCUGUAGGUACACUUGCGAAAUCGGAAAUCCCUCCAAUAGAGGUUGUUUGAAAGGUUAUGGUAACAAUCCUCCAUGCGAUGGAAAAGACUGGCUAGACACAAAAACAUGUCACGGAAACAAACGCUGUUGUAAGUUCACUUGCAAUAAAAAUAACGGUGGGCAGUGUCUGGAUGAUACUGACUCUUCAUGUUCAGGAGGCGAUAUUCUAGGCACGAAAAUAUGCCCGAAAGGCAAACGGUGCUGUAAAAAAGCGUGCAGCGCAGACCCAGCUGGCGAGUGUAAACCGGUUGGUUCAUGUGCAGGGAAGGGUAAGCUAAUUAACAGAAAGGGAUGUCAAACGGGCGAACAGUGCUGCAAAUUCCCCUGCGAUGGCGGACCUGCGACUGGAAUGUGUGUGAACAAAACCGUGGACCACAGAUGUAAAGGCGAAUACAGGCUGCAAGCAAGAGCUGGUUGUUCUUCCGGAGAAAUGUGUUGCCAAAUAUAUUUCAACAGCGCGUGCCAUUGUGAAUAUGCCGAGGCGACUGGGGAUGAGGUCGACAAUGGCAUCAUCAUGACAAGAUAUUGCCUGCCAUGGCCCGAAUGCCACUUCAAAUUCAUCAAGGCGUUCGGCCAAUAGUUGGCCCCGGUUCAGAUGGACUUACGACAGCGACCAGGGCCCGGUUGUUCAAGGCUUCGCUGUCUGAUAACGGUGGCUUGGCGGCCGCUAAACCACAGUUACCUUCACGUGCUGCAAAGUUUGUACCGUUGAUCUGCCGCUAUGUCACCGCGAAGUCAGCGGAAUCUCAAGGGCUCUGCCAUGGGGUACCGGCAAGUUUAAGCGGCACCCCAAGGGUUCCGCUAAGUUUAUUUGUGGUCACUAGAAAUUAGCAGUCGCCAAAACUAACCAGGCUUUUAACAACCGGCCCCGGACUACCAGACACAAGGACGCGAUUUCGAUCUUCUUCUGUAGCUUUUCAUUUAUAGCAUAAAUCUUCGAGUGCAGUCCGUUGUUCCCUCAAACAA